UCGCAAAACUUGCAGCAGUCACUGUGUCACUGUGUUCCAUAAAGGCGACUACUGCACUGACAACCGCAUCGCAGUAGGCUGUGGGGAGCCACCGCUUCGUUCGUUGCCAGUUACCCAUUCAAUUCAAUUCAAUUCAAAAGCACCAUCAGAAAUGUGCUCUCAUUAGGUGGGCUUAUCCGUGCAAGGGUUCCCCAUCAGCAGCCACUGGCAGAGCGAAGACCUCUCGGCUGCAUUGCGUUUGCGGGUGGAAAAUACGUUGCUGUCUUUCGGGCUGCUGCUGCUGCUGCUGGCAUGGCCCCAGAAGAUGGCAACAGUCUGGCGAUCCAAAAGUAGAGCCCUCCUCGGCAUCGUCAGUCGAUCAUGAUCACUGUGAGCAAUCGGAGGCGGAAUUGGUUUCGGUGCCGGAGUUGAGUUGUGCGUGUGGGAAAUCUUUGUGAUUUUAUUUUUUUCGGAGUUGCAGUAAUCGUUUGAGGACAAACUAUAAACUAAGAGAAACGAUUUAGUGAAGCUAAUUAAAACGAAAAUGUUGCACCGGAUUGUGCAAACGCUGUGAUUUAUGGACAAGUGAAGAAGAUGAACACUCGCGUGUGGAUAUUUUUGCUGUACUUUUUUUUCUCCGAAAUAGCCGUUGGCCGGACACGAUCGAUUCGUAACACCUACGGCCAGAAGUGUUCCGCUAGACUGGAAUCUGCGCUGGAUACCACCUUGAAGAGAAGCCAACAGCGAUCGGGAGUUGGAUCGCUGAUAGACUUCUCGGACGCGGGAUCCCAGCGGCAGUCGUUGUAUAACCGAUCUCCCUACAACAACUACGACGAGGACAUCGAGCAGAUUGUGUCCGACUACAAGCAGAAGUACAGUAACCUCAAAGUGCCGUCCAGUUCGUUUUUCCCGGCGUCGGGACUGUCGGGGACGUCCCAGGUCGAGGUGGCAAAUCUGCGGGUUCGGAUACCUCAAAAUCUUCACUGGGUUGUGGUGGACCGGUGUCACUUUAUCGAGCAGAAUAGAACUCUGGAUACGAAACUGGAGUUUCCGGAUCUACAGAUCAGCGGAAGAGUGAUUAUGCAUCCUUCUGGAGGUCGCUGUGAUAUGAUUCUUAGGUUGAGGAGAGCAGGAAUCGAGUUUCGAACGAUACCGUUGCUUUACAGUGGGGGAGUCGGUGAGAGAAGCAGGCAAGCCAAUGUGAGAACAGAUUCUCAUUUUUCCGAACCGGGAUUCAUAUCGGUUUUCGCACACAGUUGCGAGGGUCCCACCGGGAUUAAGUAUCGAAUCAAUUCGAAGAGAAGACACUUUAUCAGCAAACAUCAGUUGAAUGCCGAUGGAUUCUACAAUAACGAAUACACAAACCCUUAUCAACGCAACAUGCAAUACAGGCGUUCUCUGACCCAAGACGAGGACGACGGUCUAACAGAUAAGGAUAUAUUCAAGCUGACGGACGGAGACUCUCUCUUUUUGUCUCCCUCCUCGCUGGACGAUGUGAUAGCUAAGGAUCCCACGGCUGAUGGAUCCAGCUUCGCAGCGGAAGGUCACAGCAGAACUCUGCAUUCGGUGCGAAAUCCGUUCUCCUACAAUGCAUAUGCGGGAAAUGGUGCGGGUUGGCAAACGGUCGAAUCCAAUGACGCCCUGGAUGAGGCCUAUUCCAACGAGAUCGACAAUCUGUUCUCGAAAGGUGUGCGGGGACUGUUGACAACCUACAUGCAGAAGGCACUGCAGCCAGCGAUCAAGGAAACGCUCAUGGAGAGCAUGGGGUACACGCUGUCGUACGGUUAGCGAAGGUUCACAGAC